AAUAAUAUUGAACAUGUUUUGAAUGAAGGGGAAAUAAAAUUCUAUGUUUUGGUAUCUAAUUUUAUCUAGUUUAAAUUAUAAAGAAUUUCCUGUGAAGAAGUUUCGUUGAAAUACGCAUAUAAGGAAAUAUUUUACUUGCAAACAUCAAAUUUUGUAUAAAGGGGAAAUAUGAAAAAACCGUUUAAUAAAUCGAUUGAUUAUUAUAUACUACCAAAUAAGAUUUUCUGUAGUAUAGCUGGAAUGUGGCCUAUCGAUGAGAAAAGUUCAAUAUUCAGUAAAAUAUUUGCAUAUGUUCGUUUGAUAUUUGGAUUAAUAGUAGUUAGUAGUUUUUUCAUACCUGAAAUUAUAAUAAUAGUAAUGAAUUGGAAAAAUAUAAAAAUCAUAGCAGGGAUAGGCUGUGUUUUAACAACAAUUACACAAGUAUUAUUUAAAAUGAUAUAUCUAAUAGUAAGAAGAGAAAAAACAUAUUCACUUUAUUACAAAAUACGAAGUCUGUGGAAUUCUUCUAAUGAUUCUAAAGAAAGACCUUACGAAGAAUUCGCUUAUUGGGCACGAAUUUUUUCAAUAAUUUUUUAUUCAUCUUGCAUGUGCAAUGUAUUCACAUUCUCUAUUGCUGCGGCUAUUGAUUAUUUUAAAUUCGAAUAUAAUGCCAAUAACACUGAAAAUAAUCGACAUUUACCUUUUAUUGUUUGGUAUGGAACAGACAUUUCCACAUCUCCAAGCUUCGAAAUUGCAUUUUUUUAUCAAAUUAUAUCAUCUUCAAUUUGUGCUGCUGUCAUUUCUGGCUUGGAUACUUCGCUUAUGACUAUUAUAUUACAUGUAUCUGGACAAUUUAAAUUGAUCAAUAUUUGGAUCAAUAAUAUUGGAAUUGAAAUAAAUUGUAAUCCUAAUUACAUGCAAAAAUUAAAAGUAGAUCUAAUCAAAUGUAUUCGUCAUCAUCAACAAAUAAUACAUGUAGUAAAUAAAAUGAAUAAUUUAUUUACUCCUAUCAUUUUCAUUCAACUUCUUACGAGCGGAAUUGAAAUUUGUUUAAGUGGAUAUGCAAUACUCGAUAAUGAUUCAGCAAAUGCUGAUCUACUGAAAUUUAUAUCUUAUUUCAUUUCCAUGGGAAUGUCACAACAAUAUUGUCGUAUCACAGCAUUAACUUUCCAAACAUUAUCUAUUUGUACAUUGACAAGUGUAUUCAACUCUAGUGCUUCAUAUUUUACUUUAUUACGACAAAUACAACAGUAA